CUGCCCCCGCGGGGGGCGGUGGGCUCCUGCCGCCGGCGGCGCCUGGCGCCCCUCAACGAGGACAACGGGCGGUUCCUGCUGCUGGCCGCCCUCAUCGCGGCGUACCUGAGCGCCGGCGCCACCGUCUUCUCGGCCCUCGAGAGCCCGUCGGAGGCGGCGGCGCAGCUCCGCUGGAACCGGACCCUCCACAACUUCAGCCGCAUCUUCAACAUCAGCCUGCCGGAGCUGCGCGCCUUCCUGCGGAGCUACGAGGCGGCCAUGGCCGCGGGCAUCCGCGUCGACGCCCUGCGGCCCCGCUGGGACUUCCCCGGCGCCUUCUACUUCGUGGGCACCGUCGUCUCCACCAUAGGUUUUGGAAUGACCACACCAGCAACAGUGGCUGGAAAAGUGUUCCUCAUCGUCUAUGGCCUUUUUGGGUGUGCUGGGACUAUCCUCUUCUUCAACCUCUUCUUGGAGCGCAUCAUCUCCCUCCUGGCAUUUAUCAUGAAGGCGUGCUAUGAGAGGCAGCUGCGAAGGAGUGGUCUCCUACCUCCCAACUUCCGAAGGGGGCCAGCCGUGUCCGGGGUGGGCAGCCUCGUGGGCUGGAAGCCGUCUGUUUACCACGUCAUGCUGAUCCUGGGAAUUUUUGCUAUCGCCCUUUCCUGCUGCGCCUCCGCCAUGUACACGGCAGUGGAAGGAUGGAACUACGUUGACUCCUUGUAUUAUUGCUUUGUCACCUUCAGCACCAUCGGCUUUGGAGAUUUGGUAAGCAACCAAAACGCUGUGUACCAGCAUCAGGGAUUAUACAGAUUCGGGAACUUCAUGUUUAUAUUAAUGGGAGUAUGUUGCAUAUACUCCCUUUUUAAUGUCAUCUCAAUCGUAAUCAAACAAAUUUUGAACUGGGUGUUGAAAAAAUUCGAAUGCAGAUGUUGCCCAAAGUGCCAUAAAUCCAGUACCCGCCUCAGCCGUCGCAAUGCCAUCACCCCAGGAGCCCGCCUGCGCCGCCACAACGUCGCCAUGGACGCUGACGGACAGUACGACAGUGACACCGAGGGCAGGAGGCUCUCUGGAGAGAUGAUCUCCAUGAGGGAGCUCACGGCGUCCAGUAAAGUCUCCCUGGCCAUUCUGCAGAAGCAGUUGUCCGAGACAGCCAACGGCUACCCGAGGAAUGUCUGCAUCAAUACGAGACAGAACGGUUUCUCUGCGGGGGUGGGGGCUCUGGCCAUCAUGAACAACCGCUUGGCAGAAACAAGUGAUUCUAGGUAG